UAUUGGACACUCGCUUACUCAGUUCUGCUUGUUGUGCCGUUGAUUCAUCUAAACACGACAGGGCGGUGGCGCCAAACUUGAAUAUUAAACAACCAACGCCGUUAUGUUAUUGGAGGCAAAGAUGCAUGCGAGCGAGCCAUCCAUGAAGUGAAGUGUCAUCUGGAAAUAGGAAGGUUUUCAUUAUACCGAAAACAAGUAUAGCAAGAUACCGAAACAGUGGUCACCAAUGGCAACCAAAGAAGGCAAACAGUGGUGGGAUCCAUAUGAAACGUCUAAUAGAAGACAAUUCAUCUAUCGACCAAACUCAGCUGCUGAAAUUCUGCUGUGCCCAGCGUCAACUUCAUUUAUAGACUCUUAUUCACAGUCUGGACCUUUUGGUUCAACUGUAUACAACAAGGAUUUUUGCUGGAAGCCAGGCUGUAAACCUGAAUGCGUUCGCACAGGAACAGCCUCGGGGCAAAGGAGAAACAACCCGCAUCCCAGUCAGUCUUUCAUGAUGUGGAGGCUGCCUAGGGACGCUGCACGAAGCUCUGAGUAUGUCAGCUUCCCUUGGAAAUGUCCUCCAUCUGAGAGGGAGAUUCGUAAGGCCUUGACAGCACAGUACUGCUCCAUCUACAGAUGUGACUUCAUGGGUAUGCCUCAAGGUAGGACAAUUGAUCAUAUUAAUAAUGCAGGAAGAAGAUUUACUCUGCACAGCAGGCACGAAGGGCCGCUGCUAUCUACUGACACAGAGAUGAGGGACAAUUACCGCCAGCCGAAGCAAAAACCUGAACUGCUGGUGAAUCAGUCUCACCACAGCUGCAACACAGGUCCUAACAUGGCCUGUUGUGGUAUAGUUCCAACUGUUGUGCAAAGGCACGCUCAGCAGAAAAGAUCAGAUUUGACAAACUAUGACAGGUUUUGUGGGAAAAGAGUCAAUGAUGUCACAUGUGUGAUAAAGUCUCUGCUGCCUCAGGAGCUGCAGCAGUUACACAGAAUUUUACCUGAGGAGGGCAAGGAGGCCAUUAAAACAGUUUUGAGUAAAGAUUGUCCAAACAGCAGGGAGAAGGUGAAUAAACUCCCAGCAGUUGAGCUUCAUCCCCGCUCUCCAGAGUGGAUAUCGAGCUGGCCAGGACCUCUCUGAACCUUACUGCUACAGUAGUUAGUUUAUUAGGGUCCGGGCAGCACUAUUGUAAUCCUAGGUAUUCUUCUUCUUCUUAUUAUUCUUCCGAGGAAAUCAUACUUCCCAUGGGUGAAAACUCACCAAACUUUGCACAAAGGUCCAGUCUCAUGCCAGAUGUCCUCAGCUGUAAACUCAAGCCAAUAGUCCAGAUGGUGGCGCUACAGCAAGCGUCGAAAGUUCAAAACUUUGAAAAUCCAUAACAAAUCAACCAUACAUGCUACAACUUCACAACUUUAAUCAAACUGUAGCCCCAACACUGAAGAAACUUUUGUACAUUUAAACCUAUUGCAAAUUAUGAAGUUCAUCACUCUGUUUUUUUCAAAAACUGUAAAACUUCUUAAACCUAUCUCCUCCCACA